CUUGGACGACGGGGCGGGCUUUCGAUGAAGGGCAGGCAGUGGGAAAGAUGGCGGCGGCCCUGCAACACUCUGGGUGGUGGCAGCUGUGGUGGCGGCGUUUGUCGGCUCGGGAUGGGUCCAGGAUGUUGCUCCUUCUUCUUUUGUUGGGGUCUGGGCAGGGGCCACGGCAAGUCAGGGCGGGUCAAACGUUCGAGUACUUGAAACGGGAGCACUCGCUGUCGAAGCCCUACCAGGGUGUAGGCACGAGCAGUUCCUCCCUGUGGAAUCUGAUGGGCAAUGCCAUGGUGAUGACCCAGUAUAUCCGCCUUACCCCAGAUAUGCAAAGUAAACAGGGUGCCCUGUGGAACCGGGUGCCGUGUUUCCUGAGAGACUGGGAGUUGCAGGUGCACUUCAAAAUCCACGGACAAGGGAAGAAGAACCUGCACGGGGACGGCUUGGCGAUCUGGUACACGAAGGAUCGGAUGCAUCCAGGGCCUGUGUUUGGAAACAUGGACAAAUUUGUGGGGCUGGGAGUAUUUGUAGACACGUAUCCCAAUGAGGAGAAGCAGCAAGAGCGGGUUUUCCCCUACGUCUCAGCCAUGGUGAACAACGGCUCCCUCAGCUAUGAUCACGAGCGGGACGGGCGGCCUACAGAACUGGGGGGCUGUACGGCCAUUGUCCGCAAUCUCCAUUAUGACACCUUCCUUGUGAUUCGCUAUGUCAAGAGGCAUUUGACGAUAAUGAUGGACAUCGAUGGCAAGCAUGAGUGGAGGGACUGCAUAGAGGUGCCCGGUGUCCGUCUGCCCCGGGGCUACUACUUCGGCACCUCCUCCAUCACUGGGGAUCUCUCAGACAACCAUGACGUCAUUUCCCUGAAGUUGUUUGAGCUGACGGUGGAGAGAACCCCAGAAGAGGAGAAGCUGCAUCGAGAUGUGUUCCUGCCCUCGGUGGACAACAUGAAACUGCCCGAGAUGACAGCCCCGCUGCCGCCCCUGAGCGGCCUGGCCCUCUUUCUCAUCGUCUUUUUCUCUUUGGUGUUUUCCGUAUUUGCCAUCGUCAUUGGGCUCAUACUCUACAACAAAUGGCAGGACCAGAGCCGAAAGCGCUUCUAUUGAGCCCUCCUGCGAUCACGACCUCUGUGACUGUCACCCAGGAGUAUGGGAGGAGCAGGCACCGGCCUGAGCACAUAGCCAGGCGGGUCUUCUCUCGUCUCCAGCAGCUGGUCAAGGACUCGGUUCUGUCACUGGAGCUUUGCGUGCAGGGAUGCUGCGUUCCCAUGGUCACCCAUGAGGACGUCUAACUCUGGAUCAGGAAGCCCACCCCCCCGGGCAACGCUGCUGUGAUGUGCCUUUCCCCGCAGUCCUGCCACUUGGGAGCGAAGAGGGAUGGAGAGAACAUAGGCUGUCAUGAUGCCAAAACCACCGGAAAGAGUGUCAUAGCCCAGGCUGCCUUGUUGUUGGGCUCAGAGGACCCUCGUACUUCAUUCUUAAAUCUGCAAAGACUAGAAAACUGAUAACUCCUCAUACCUUCCAGCCAUCUGUCCACUGGUUUUUGCUUUUUGUCUAAGCCUCUCUCCACCUGAGGAGCUUUCCUUGGAAAUCUGGAUGGAAACUUCUUCCCUGCCUUGCCUUCCUCCCCUCCAUUCAUUGUCCUCUGCAGAUGCAACCUGAGCUGGAAAAGACAUCUGGCUGCCUCUCUCUUGGGGCCUGGGGCUGCACGACAAACUUGAGUUUCACUGACCCUCAUUAGGUGGCUGUAGGGAGGGGGCAUUCUGCUGGGGCUCACUGCUCUAGCCUUUGUUCUUGCAGGUGAAUCUUGGUUCUGUUGGUGUGUUCAUGACCCUCCCAAUUAGGUCCCUUUAGGCCCUCAGCCAGGUUUGUUUGAAAGCUGGUGUGCAGGUCAAGAGAAGCUUGGGAGACGUCACGGAUGCAGUGGGAUUAACUGAAACUGACUGCUCCACGUUUUGACACCGAAAGCAACACCUGUCACAUGAUCUGACCACGUGGAGAUGUUUCUGGACUCUCUGGAGCCUGCUUAGCUGCAUGUCUUGUGUUCAUCAUAAUUUUUGGAAUCCUACUUAGAGUGUUCAAAAUGUAAGGAAACUUUGUUCUUAUAGCCUGAGCUUGGAUACUCCCCAAAGAGGAAACCUGGCUUCUCUUUCUUAAUGGAUAAGGAAUGGUUGUUGUAAAUCUGGAAGCAGUAGACCCCCGGCAUCUGUGCCUGGAAGAGUUCAUUGUCAUUUGAGCAGCCGAGCCUGAGUGUCCUCUGUGGGUCAGCCCUGAUUCCACUGCCUUACCUGAUGAGGGGUCACGUGCUGCUCACCUGUCUGCCCUGUGAUUCCAUUGCUAACAGGCUGGAGGCUCCCUGGAGGGCUUGGACUCUGAGCUCUCCUAGCCCUGUGCUUCUGUAGCCUGAGGGAAAGUCUUAACAUGGCUGAUGGAAACCAAA